CGUGCCCGUAGCUCGGCGGGUCGGCACCACCAGCUCCGAGAGGGGACGUGGCGGGAGGCGCUGGCCCACCCGGUCAGCACCGAGCUGAGUCAGGGCUGUGCCAGAGGCUGUGACCUGUGCUCUGAGUUCAAUGGGUGCCUGAGAUGUUCCCCCAAACUCUUCAUCCUUCUGGAGAGGAACGACAUCCGGCAAAUUGGGAUUUGCCUACCAUCUUGUCCACUGGGAUACUUUGGCCUUCGCAAUACAGACAUGAACAAGUGCAUCAAAUGCAAAAUUGAGAACUGUGAGUCCUGUUUCAGUCGAAACUUUUGCACAAAAUGUAAGGAAGGUUUGUAUUUGCACAAAGGGAGAUGUUACGUCACAUGCCCCGAAGGCUACUCUGCUGCCAACGGCACCAUGGAGUGCAGCAGUCCUGCACAAUGUGAAAUGAGUGAAUGGGGGCCCUGGGGGCCCUGCUCCAAGAAGAGGAAGCUCUGUGGCUUCAAGAAGGGCAAUGAAGAGCGAACGCGGCGGAUUCUGCAGGCUCCCUCCGGAGACGUGUCCCUGUGUCCUGCCACCACGGAGGUGCGGAGAUGCACCGUGCAGAAGAACCAGUGCCCUGAAGGGAAAAGGAAGAAAAAGGAAGAGCAAGGAAAGCAAGAUAAUACGAAUGGGAAUAGAAAUCGGAAAGACACCAAAGACGCUAAGUCUGGCACCAAGAAGAGGAAGAGCAAACAGAGAGGGGCCGCGGUCCCUGCGACGUCUGCUAGCCCUGCCCAGUAG